AUGCGUUCAUUAACGUUUAGUUUCUUGAAAAACUGCAAAAACAAGGCGACAAGCUACACUCUAAAACGUAUGAUCAGCGGUGGUUUGUUGCAACCUAAAGUCAUACCCAAACCUACUGCUGACCUGAGUCUGAUAGAAAUAGCUCAAACUUGGAAAGAGGAUGUGGAGCCAGAGUUACGUAAAAGUGUGCUACAGGAUAUGCAAGUGAUUCCUGAAUUUGUGUCAAAGGAAGAGGAGGCGGCCAUGCUUGCAGAACUAGAUCCUCAACUGAAGCGCAUGAGAUAUGAAUUUGAUCACUGGGACAAUGCCAUCCACGGUUUCCGUGAGAAGGAAGUCGUUCAGUGGUCGGAGGCAAGCGAAGCUGUGCUGACUCGCAUCAAGUCGGUGGCCUUCCUUCCAGGGACCGGCGCAGGGAUGCCUAUGCCCGCAGUUCAUGUUCUGGACCUGGCUUCUGCAGGAUAUAUUAAGCCUCAUGUUGAUGCUGUCAAGUUCUGCGGCGAGGUGAUCGCGGGUCUGUGCCUGGUGUCGUCGGCCGUGAUGAGACUGGAGCACUGCACCAACAAGCAGCUCGCGCUCGACGCGCUCAUCGCCAGGAGGUCGCUCUACAUCAUGCGAGGCUCAGCUCGCUACAAGUUCACGCACGCGGUGCUGGGCGGCGAGCUCAGCGCCUUCCGCGGCGCGCCCGUCACGCGCCAGCGCCGCGUCGCCGUCAUCUGCCGCAGCCGCCCCGACCCCAGCGCCGCCACACCCGGCCCCACCCCCACCCCCACCGGCCCCGACACCGAAAACGAAACACCAAAUAAAACACCGACAGAAUAA